AGGCCCAAGCUCUGGAAGGACCAUAGCCAUUUGGUCACUCGGGUUUGGCCAUCUGCAAAGGCCAGGUUCUGAGGAGCGAUGGUGAUGAGGGCCUUUGUCCUGUUGGCCGUCUUUGUAGAAGCCUCCGCGAGAUCCUGCACUCCAAAUAAAGCAGAUGUCAUCCUUGUGUUUUGUUAUCCCAAAACCAUCAUCACCAAAAUCCCUGAGUGUCCCUAUGGAUGGGAAGUGCACCAGCUGGCCCUUGGGGGRCUGUGUUACAAUGGAGUCCAUGAAGGUGGUUACUACCAAUUUGUCAUCCCAGAUUUAUCACCUAAAAACAAGUCCUAUUGUGGAACCCAGUCUGAGUACAAGCCCCCCAUCUACCACUUCUACAGCCACAUCGUUUCUAACGACAGCACGGUGGUCAUCAAGAACCAGCCGGUGAACUACUCUUUCUCGUGCACCUACCACUCCACCUACUUGGUGAACCAGGCUGCCUUUGACCAGAGAGUGGCCACUGUUCAUGUGAAGAACGGGAGCAUGGGCACUUUUGAAAGCCAAUUGUCUCUCAACUUCUACACUAAUGCCAAGUUCUCUACCAAGAAAGAAGCGCCCUUUGUCCUGGAGACAUCUGAGAUUGGUUCAGAUCUGUUUGCAGGAGUAGAAGCCAAAGGAUUAAGUAUUAGGUUUAAAGUGGUCCUGAACAGUUGCUGGGCCACACCCUCUGCUGACUUCAUGUAUCCCUUGCAGUGGCAACUGAUCAACAAGGGCUGCCCCACCGAUGAAACGGUCCUCGUGCACGAGAAUGGGAAGGAUCACAGGGCCACCUUCCAGUUCAAUGCCUUCCGGUUCCAGAACAUCCCCAAACUCUCCAAGGUUUGGUUGCACUGUGAGACAUUCAUCUGUGACAGCGAGAAGCUCUCCUGCCCAGUGACCUGUGACAAACGGAAGCGCCUGCUCCGGGACCAGACCGGGGGCGUGCUGGUGGUGGAGCUCUCCCUGCGGAGCAGGGGAUCAUGGAGGCUCGGUAGCUUCUCAGAUGUUGUGCGCCACCUCGUCGUGAUGCUGGGGAUCUGCGCCCUGUUGUAGGAGUCAGCCUGGAGCUGCAGCUCCGCC